GUUUGUAGUAGUUUGUUUACCUUUUUCAUCGAACCUAAAUUUGAACUUUCUUUUACAUUUUUGGGGAUUUUUACAUUUCGUUUGGCGAUAAUAAUGUCUUGUCCCGAAUCUAACAUCACAUCGUUGGAAAAAGGCGACAUUUUACACCAGCAAGUUCUGGCGUCGUUUCCUCUCUGUGACUUGACCGAAGAGGAUCUCAGCCAGAACCCUCAGUUCUGUAAACUCCUGUCCACUCUGACGCAGCAUGUGGACUCCACUGGACUCACGCUGACACUCAAGACGGAGCUGGAGAAGGCUGAGCAGAAGCUGCAGAGUCAGAGGAGGAACUGGCUUCAGUCUCAGGGCCUUUUCCAGACGCUGAAGGAGAUGAUCCAGGAGCACUGCGUCAAAAAGCACCACUCCAUCGUCCCGCCCGACAGGAAUAUGUUUUACGAGACGAUGGAGAAGUGUCUGCUCGUGGCUCGGUGCGUUCGAAUGUUGGAUCCGAGCGACACCACGGAAAAGGAGCUGCCCAAUAUCCUGGGGCUGGAACCUGAACACGUGCUGCAGCUGAUGCCUCUAGAGAAAAACGUGCAGAGAAUGAAGCAAAGUUUGCCCCAUGAGCUGGAGAAACAUCUGAAGAAGAAGUGUCUGAGCCUCCUCUGUUACUACCAUCCUGAGUGGGAAAACGAGAGCGAGAAUCUGAAGUGCACUAAACUGAUGCACCUGUCGAAACAAGUGGCCAAAGACAAGAAGAGCGCAGAGAGUCUGAAGGAGCGCUGUCGGGAAAACAAAAUCCUGCUGCAGAGACAGACUCAGCUUUAUCUCUCCGAGCUGGUUAAAUGCAUUAAACUCCUACAAACUCUCAUCCUGGAUCACAGACUGAAAAUUCAGACGGAUUUGGAUAAGAAAAAGUUGGAGUACUUCGAGGGCAAAUGUGAACUGGUGCUGCAGAAGAUCAAGACGGAGAUGGUCGAGAUUCAGCUGGACACUUACACACCAGACGCAAUAUCUGCCCACAGAAAAAUAAGAGAGAAACUGGAGUCCGAGCUGAAGUUCCGUCAGGAGGAGAAACAGUCCGUGGAGUUAAAACUCGCCUCUUUCGAGAUCUUGGGGAAAGAGUUCCAGGCCCUGGCGGAGGAGUACGGCAGGUUACGACGAGAGAUUGAAAUGAAAAACUGGGCCCUGAAAGAGUUCACUCAGUUCAGCAACAAGUGAACGUUUGUAGAAGAAGUUCAGCUCUUAAAUAUUUGAGAAAUGAUGUUUAACCGUUUGUUUUUGUUUUAUUAAUGUCAAAGUUCUAGUUUUGUUUCUGGUUCAUGUGACGUUAGAUUCUUUACGCUGAAAUGGAGAACAAAUUAUCGCAGUAUUUGUCAGAGGUGGGGACUUAAAAAUCGUGACUUGGACUCGAGUCGGACUUGAGUCACUGUUUUUAAGACUUGAGACUUGACUUGAUAAAAUGGACUAAGACUUGGGACUCAACUUGGACUUGAAGAUCAGUGACUUUGGUCUUGACUUGGACUUGAGCCCUGUGACUUGACAAGACUUUGAAGAUAAUGUUUUUAUAAAAUACUUUUCUCUUUCCAGUUGUUGUUGAAUUUUACAGGAACAAACUUUCACAUGUUUGUCCAACUUCUCUAUUUGUCACUUUCGAUGGAACUGAAGUACUCUGAUACUCAAAUGUACUGCAGUAAUAUAAAGUACAACACAGUAAAACAGAGGGAACUACACAAAGAACACAAUACUUCCAUUUCAGUGCAAACUACAAGAUAAAAUAACGGUUAUUAAGCACUUUUAAAUCUGAAUCUUUCUGUUCUGACCGUAAUAAUUCACACUAACAUCUUGUCAAGACGUUUAAAAAGGAAAAAAAUGUUAUUAUUAAGCAUUUCUACAACACUUAUAUAAAUAUACCAUGACUUUUUAAGAACAGUUUAGUUUAAAAAUUCAUAUAAAUUGCAAAAAUCAAAGCUAUAUUUGUUACUUUUUUGGUUUAAAGACUUGAAAUGACUUGAAGCUCAAAGCAGACGACUUGGACUUGACUUGGACUUAUGGGACAGUGACUCGAGACUCGACUUGGACUUGCCUGUGGGUCAGUCCGUAUGAAAUCAGCCGUUUUCAAGGAAUCUCCCCUAUGAGCCGUCUCAGAUUUGGCUGAAAAAAAUUCAAAAAAAUUUCUAAAAUCACCAAAUGAAAGAAUCUCAAAUUUUAGCUCAGUCCCUUGAGUCGUUCCUGAGUUAUGGCCCGUUGAUUCAAGAAAAGAGAGUCAUUUUCAAAAAUUCCGUUUGAAAUGAAGGAAGUUAAUAGUAGAUGUUUUUAUUACUUUGGCAUAUUCUGAUUAGUUUAAAGUUUCUCUGGUAAAAAAUUUAUCAACAUCUAACUGUGCCACAUGGGGAACCGAGGCUCCAAAGAAGGGACCAAAAAGAUCACAUUUGUUCUGUGACCAUAUUUGAGACUCUACACCGUCCACAUGAAAACUCAGAAAAGUGUGAGAUUUGUGUCAGAAAUGUUCAUUCUCUCAAAUAUUCAGGUUCAACUGUUAGUUUGUAAAUAUCUGCUUGGAGUAAAUAGAUCUUGGACCUCAAAAAUUGAAAAAAAAAAAUUGAGCGGCAACAAAAAGUGAGAUUUUGGAGGCCCACAGCGCCCCCCUUAAUAAAAAUACACAAUAUUUGACAACAGAUUCAGAAUCUAUGACCUAAAAAUCUACAAUAAUUCACAUUUUCAUCUUUCUAACUCUAUUUUUUAUGAAGUUAUGGUCUCUCAAACAUGAUUAUAAAUUAAGGUGUCAGAAAACGUGAACAUGGCCCCAAAAUUUCACCGGGCCAUAACUCAGGAACGACUCCAGUGAUUGAGCUAAAAUUUGAGAUUCUUUCAUUUGGUGAUUUUAGACAUUUUUAGAAUUUUUUUCAGCCAAAUCUGAGACGGCUCAUAGGGGAGGGCGGCUGAUUUCAUACGGACUGACCCCUGGAUUUGACUUAGACUUGAGGUCAAAGACUUGAGACAAACAACGACUUGGUCCAGCCUCUGGUAUUUGCAGUGAAUAAUUUUGAUUUAAAAGUGUUAUUCAAUUUUAUGAGUUUGAUUGUUGAACUAAAAAUGCAAUAUUGUGGACAAAUCUCUUAAAUUAACAAAUCAGCUGUAAUCACUUUGUAAAACCACAAGAUGGCGGUAUAAUGCCAAACUAAACAUGUACAAUUCUGUCUUUUUUUACGCUUCCUCUAUUAUAAAAGUACAAAUUGUAAACUAAUGAAUAAAAUAUUUGUCAUAAGAACUAUAAUGUUGAUCUUUUUAUAAUGUUAUAUUUUUAUAUUUCGGGGUUUCAGAUGCAUCACUUCAUUUUUUGGACCAAUAUUGUUUAAUUCAGAUGG